UGUUGACACCGUUAUGUUUGCAGCACGCAUGCUCCCUCCCAAGUUUCCUGGUGGUGCCUUUGCUCAUAUACACCUUAGGAAAGGGGGUGGGGGUGAAGGGGGGCACCUUCGGCUCCGGCUUUGGGGUCUCUUGCGCUCCGCUGGGCCGGGGUGGGGGUGGGGGGCCGCCAGUAGAAGCCGCGACCCAUUGCCAACGCGCCUCACCUGGAACCCCAGGGAAGGGCGGAGUUCCCAGAAAACGGAACGGCCAGGAGGAAAGGUGAAAUCGCGGAGCUCAUCAUGCCCAGAGUCUUUCUGGUGAAGAGGAGGAACCCGCUGCCGGCCAGUCGCAGCUGGGACGAGCUGCCCGACGAAGAGAGAGCCGACACUUAUGUCCCAGGAGAGGUGAAGCAUGACCUUCUCAACUAUCGCAGUGAAGAUAGCUGCAGCUUAGAGAGCAGCAGCAGCAGCAGCAGCAGCAGCAGCAGCAGCAGCAGCAAUAAGGACACAGAGGCUGCCAACACCUCGGCUCCUGAAUCCACACCAGAAGAGGCGCUUCUGGACUCGGCAGUGAACCGCCCCACAGUCAGAUCCAAAAUCAAGUUCACGACCGGCACUUGUGGCGAGGCCUUGUUGUACAAUUGUGAGCUAUGCGGCAAAGGAUUUCGCCUGCAGCGCAUGCUGAACCGCCACACCAAGUGUCACAAUCAAGUGAAGAGGCACUUGUGCACCUUCUGUGGGAAAGGAUUCAAUGAUACUUUUGAUCUGAAAAGACACGUAAGGACACAUACAGGAAUCCGCCCAUACAAAUGUGAGAUCUGCAACAAAGCCUUUACCCAGCGUUGUUCCCUGGAAUCACACCUUAAAAAGAUCCACGGAGUGCAGCAACAAUAUGCUUACAAACAACGAAGAGAUAAACUGUAUGUCUGUGAAGAUUGUGGCUACACAGGCCCAACCCAAGAGGACUUGUACAUGCACAUCAGUAAUAUUCAUCCUGGAAGUGCUCUUCUGAAGAAAACAUCCAAAAAACUUGCAGCUGUUUUGCAAAACAAACCGAUCUCUCCAAUGGAGAUGAGCCCAGAAGAGACGGAGGAGCAACAGUAA